CUCACCAAAUCACAGCAGAUCUGUGAUGGGUGUCAAAGACUCCAUACUGGUCCUGAUCGCUGUGCAUUGUCGAAAACCUCUGGGGACGCAUCAGCUCCCAUGUUCCAACGAGUGGGGAGUAGAAGGUGCACACAGCAUCUGCUUUUCCGGCCUCGCCCUGGCGCAAAUGCUCGUCCGUUUUGGACGGUCCGGUCGCCAUUGACGACUCGAAAUCCAGCAAGAGGUGAACUAUCCAAGGCUCUAGUUGGCCUUCUGCUUGCUACUGGUGCUUUAGGAGGAUGUAUUCAAGCUAACUCCAAGCUGCGACCGAUAAACGCUGAAGCAAGGAGUGACAAUACCGAGAGCGGACAUGGCCCUGCGGACCCGAAGUAUCAUGCAGAAGAUGGAGAGCAUAGAUCCAGUACUCCCAGGAAAGAAAAUUCCACUGGUGGAUUAGAAGACACCUUGUCCAAGGUCGCCGAGCUAACGGUCGCAGACCUAUCCGCCAAGCUGGCAGACUUGUUGGCUCAGCUCCCACCAAAGGACCACCAGAAGGAAGAUCCUCCAGAGACCAACCAUGGCAAAGAUAGUACUGAAGAAAGCUCAAAAAGCCACGACAGUAAACCCCAAUCAGAAUUGGCAGCCAAACUAGCAGAGAUUUCUUCCCAUUUGAGUAAUUUGGCUAAUUUGGACAAACUGUCGCAGCAACUGCCUUCCGGUAGCGACAUCACUGAAAAAAGCGCAACAGAACUACGGAAGCUGAAAGACCGCAUUCCAUCAACGCAGGAAAUUGCCGAGCAGCUCGAACAGAUUGCUGCCCUCAUACCAUCGGCAGAGGACGUGCGAAAGCUACCUGAUCAGAUACCCUCUGGAAGCGAAAUUGCGGAACGCGCAACCAGAUUAUGGCAGGAUGCCAUAGAUAAAGCCGCGGACGGGCUUUUGGAAGGAACCCUCAUAGCACAGAUAAAAGUCGGUAUGACCGAUCCGAAACGGAAUCCGGAGAUCGAGUGGGAGGCUAAAGUUCGCGUGGGAGCGGAAUUAUGCAAGGAGGAAAAUGAGCGUUUGGUACAAAAGAAACAAGCCGUAGCAGAUGCAAUUUCAAAGUUUAUUGGUGAAGAUGUUGAAGUUGAGGACGUUCCAGUCAUUAGUAUUGCAGCAAGCGGGGGCGGAUGUAGGGCCAUGGUGGCCAAUCUCGCAUCAAUGCAAGCGCUCGACAAGAUUGGACUUCUCAAAGGUGUAACUUACAUUGCUGGUGUGUCUGGAUCAACGUGGGCGAUGGCUCAGUUAUAUUCUCUCGGCCCCGACUUUGAUUCCGUUCAACAGCGUCUGGCCAAGCAACUCUCGACAAAUUACCUCAGUCUCUCUGACCUGGUGGCGGCACUGAAUACUCCUGAGGGCGAGCGAAUUUUAUUCGGCAUAGUACAAAAAUACUUUACGGAAAAAGCAUUUUCAACAGUCGAUAUCUUUGGAACUCUUCUAACGGGCAGGUUACUUGUCCCCGAAGCUGCAAAAGUAGCGGCGACACGAACUGUGUCUGUGGCUGCACAGGCAGGAGACGAUCCACAGACCGGAAGCGGGAAGGGCGACACGCGUGAGACACUCUCCGCCCAUGAGCAGAUUGAUCGUGGCAAGCUCUCCUACCAACGGUGGGCUGUAGAGGACCAAAGUCUACCCAUACCGAUAUACACGGCGGUCUCUCAUGAAAUUGGAAAAGAUACUGGUGGCAGUCGCUAUCAGUGGUGGGAGUUUACACCAUUUGAAGCCGGCUUUCGGACUGAAUCAGGAAGUGGGAGUGGUGCAUGGGUUCCUGUUUGGGGCUUUGGUCGGGUGUUCGAGUCUGGUGUGUCUCGUGAAAAGUUGCCCGAACAAAGUUUGGGUCUCUUGCUCGGAACCUUCGGGUCCGCCUUUACAGCCACUGUCGCGCACAUAUGGAAUGAAUUCAAAGAUACGCUACCAGAAAACUUGCGAGAAAGAGUGCUACCGUUACUGGAAGAUGUAUCGGAGAUACAUCCUAUUUCCCCAGCGCGCUUUCCAAACAUUGUAUACAAAUUAGAUAAUUUUGAACACCUCAUCGAGGAAAAGACGAUUGCGCUCAUGGAUUCUGGCAUGGACAACAACAUUCCCUUUCCUCCGCUCUUGAGGCCAGAGCGGAACGUCGAUGUGAUUAUCGCCCUUGAUGCUUCCAUGGAUAUUGGGGUAGACCCGUGGUUGAUCAGAGCGGAAGCGUAUGCCCGUGAGCGUGGGUUCCCGUUUCCUACCAUCCCCAAAUCCGAGGAAAGUCAUGCAGGACACCGUCAGGACCAUCUUCGAGAAACGACCUGUACUGUCCUCUCCACAAUUUCGCAGGCCAAGUCUCCCGCUGAUUUGACCCUGAUAUACUUGCCGUUGAUUCGCAAUAACGAAUACGACCCUCAGCUCGACCCAUCGAAAGCCGACUGGUGUGCCACCUAUAAUUUUACAUUUACCCCUAAACAAACCGAUGUCUUGAGCGGACUUGCAUGCGCCAAUGUUGAAAAGAAUCAGGAAAAGAUACGGGAGGCCAUCAGAAGGGCGUGGCGAGCCAAGAGAAGGAGACGACUGGAGGAAGAGGCGCCGCAACCUGCGUGGGACGAGUUUUGACUAUCUUAGUGUCUAUUUCACUGAUACACCUUUAUUUGACUCCAGCGAGUCAUGCGACCACCAUAUUUCAUCACAUAUUGUAAAAUAGUAACCAUCAUUCAUAAUACAUAUGCAGAAAAGAUCUUGGUUAAAUCGCGAA